AUGACUGCUGUCAAGAGAAUUCUCUUUUCAUUUAGUUCUGCUAAUACUUUUAGAUUCACUUCUAAUUCCAUCAUCACUAAACGUCAGUUUACUUGUAUUAAACCACCCAAUAAACCUGCUGAUCCUCACAGCGAUACCAAUGUUCAUCCUGCUCAGAAAGUCGUUCAAAAGCAAAUUCGCAACUCAAGAUCCACCAUCUUUGCUCUCAGUAUUGGUAUUGGUCUAGUCUCUUUUCUAACUGCUGUUUACACUGUUCAUUCUGAAGAAAAUGACUUGAUUCGUACCAUGGAUUUGACUGCUCUCAAGACUCAGAUCAAAGCAGCUUGCAUGUAUCCAGGUGUUUAUAUAUGGGGAAGUAAUAGAGGCGGUCUGGUUCAACCUGGAACUCUUUCCAAGUUGGAUCAACCUGUUUCUAUCGAGGCAUUCAAAGGACGAGCACUAAGAGAUCUUGCUUUUGGUGAUACUCAUGCUGCUGCCAUUGAUGAACAUGGAAAUCUACUUCAAUGGGGUCGUAGCAUGUCGAGCGAUCAGCCCAAACUUACAUUCACUCAGCACAACCUUGUCAAAGUCACUUGUGCUUCUCAGAAAACAUAUGCUCUCUCUCGUAAUGUCACUCCCUUGAAACUACCUGCUGGCUCUGCAUGGGGUGAGCGCAUCACAUCCAUUUCUUGUGGAUCUAGCCAUUUGAUUGCUGUGUCCAAUACUGGUCGUGCCUAUUCAUUUGCCUGUGAUAGUAAUGCCAACAAGUGUGGACAGUUGGGAUUGGGUCAUGUCAACAUUGUAGAUGAAGACUCUUUUGUGCUCAACCGUAUUUCUGGACUGUCCAUGUGUGACAAGGUUGCUGCUGGUCGAUCUCAUUCCAUUAUUGGCACCACUGACGGUCGUGCAUUUGGCUUUGGUCAAAAUAGAUUCGGUCAACUUGGUAUUGGACUCUGUAAAGAUAUUAUUCAUGCAUCUCCAGUCCAGAUCGAUACCAUUUGGUCUGAUUCUGGAAAACCUACUCAAAAAUCUCCCGACUCAAAAUGCACACAUAUUGCAGCUGGCGGGGAUACGACACUAUUUGUAGUAGAUACUCCAAAGACAACCAGAGUGCUUGCAAGUGGACACGGACAGUUUGGACAACUUGGAACAGGAAAUUUCAAUCAUACUAUGGCUACACCCUCUCUCAUCAAACCUUUGUCCAAUCUAGUCGAGUAUGAUUCUAUCCAACACAAGAUUUCUCCGAUCCGAGUUCGUAAAGUAUGUGUUGGCGACGUACACUGCUGUGUUGUAAUGAACAAUUCAAUUGGCGAGCAUGGUCAAGUGGGACUCUCUGGAUGGGUAUCUGGAGUGUGGAAAUGGUUAUGGACUGGGUCGCGUACCAAGGAGAGUGAACGGUAUGGACACGAUGUGCUUGUAUGGGGAAUGAAUAUGGACGGACAACUAAGACGAGCAGAUAGCAAAAAGGGUAGUUUGGCAUCACCCGGAUAUAUGCUUCCAAUUGUGUAUCAGGAUGUUGGAAAACUAAAUGCAUCGCAUGAACAUGGACAUGGACAUGGACAUGGAUUGGUAGAAAAGGAUACUAUGAUCAUUGAAGCUGAAUCCAAACUCGAUGCGAAUGACGAGAUGGAAGAAAACACUGGAAACAUUCGACUACAACUGGCUUCUAAAGGAUGGGUGACAUUCAAGAGUGGAAAUCUAUCAGUGUCACAGGAUAUUGUUCUUGGUCCUAAUCUUACUGCAGUGUACACAAGAUUAGACCAAUAA